CGGAGAUACAGAGAACACGACCUAGCCAAGUCGACCGAGAUGUUCAAAACGAGAGAUGAAACCUUUGCGCCACCAGAUGAACAAAUUUCCAAUUGGUACCAUGUGACUGGGAGAUCAGGCAUCUAUGUCAGACCAAGCGAAAUCCUUGGGGAGGUUAUGAUCUUCCGUAAGGAAGGCAUGAUGACGACACUAGAGUGGAUGUUCGGUCAGUUGCAUCAGCACUUGCAUGCAGUGAACAUGGCCGGCAAACAUGGGAUACGCCUUCCGGGUCUCUUGAUCGUUCCAAGUGAAACGGAAAAGAAAUUUACCAUCCUUUGGAGGCAACCGGGUAGAGAGCGACUUGCUACCACUUUGGAUUUCAAGCAGCAUGAGCUUCCAAAUACGGUGAUGAAUGUUCAACAAGCUCGCGAGGUUGAUGUUCUACAUCUUUUCGAGCAAUCGGAACGACGCGAGGUGGACAAGACCGGAACUAUUGUUCAGGCGAAUCUGCCAGUACAAGAAACUCGCAGUGCAGGUGGUAUGUUGACUUCCAACGCAAUCCUGUCGAGAACGUCGCAUGUAGCUUCAGAACGCAUACGUGUCACAGCGUGGCAAGCCUGCUCCGUAACCUGGGAUCUGACUGUUGACGGAGACGAUAUUGUGCUUCGACGCCUGUCCAGUGUUGGUAUGGUACUACAAGUCCCUACACAAAUAUCCUUACGCUUCAAUGCAAAUUUCAUGCGGCUAGCCAAUUCUUCAAUUCUGAUCUUUCUUAGUCAAGGCUUGGUCGCGCAGUGCCUCGCCAACACUACUUGGCCCAACUCGUUUCCCAAGCAACUUGUCGCCAACCAGCGUCGUCAAGGUCUGACCACUUCGGAAUACCUAUACCAUCAUACGAUAGUUCAUGGCCGCAAAUCAUGGAACGCUCCAGAUACUGUCGACCAGCCUAUCGCCUAUGUCCAGGGCCACAUCUUUGACUCAGCCUACGGCAUCAAUACUACGGAAAAUCAUGCGCAACCCUCCUAUUUCGGCCACAACGACAUAACCGAGCUAUACAGCCGUUCUGAAUCAUCCUUUUCGACACCACCAUCGAACAACUACACUGCGACGGUCAUCGGUCCUGAUGGGAAUGCUUUCAGUGACUUCUCGGGCGUGAUGAGCUUUUACGCUUAUGAAGCGUUCCAAGAUGUACAGAACACCUGCGAAUUUUCCGAUCACUUCGAAACUUACAAUGCCUUUUACUGGGUUGUCGCAAAUGCUUCCAACGCGAACACGUCUUCGUUUGACAAUGCCACCUUCGCAGCCAACAUUAUGAACAGUCUUCUCGCCGACAUCCCCUCUGGUACGAUCUACAACGCCAGUACUCACACGCCGGUCCCUGGUCUCGACUCUCGCGCGUACUAUGGUGGUUACAACAAUCCAAGUCUGAACGGUGUCUUCAAAUUCUGGCUUUGCGACGACAAUCCCUCCGUUACUGCGUUCAGGAAUGCACAGGCCAAGCUUAUUGCAAAGAACAAAGACCUUGGUAUCAACUUCGAUGCGAGCUUUGUCACCUUCAGUCGAACUUUUCUUCUCUAUGAUCGUUCGAAUAACAUACCUUUCGAUACUACAAGGGCGAAUUAUGCUCUUCUUGCAGACCGCUUUCGCGGCAAUGUUGCGCAGCCUCCAAAGAUAUAG